AUGGGCACGCACACAGCCGUCCAGGAGGACCUGGAGGUGCCCACUGUGGAGGACUGGAGCGAGAAGGACUGCAAGGUUGUUGUGCGCACCACACCAGGCAGCAAUCUGCUGGCUGACCUGGUGCUGCGUGCCAAGGUGGAUGCCUCGCCUGACGAGGUGUACGCCGUGCUGACAAACCCAGAUUCACACCUGAUCUUCCGCGGCAUCAAGGCCACCUUGGAGCGGCGCACCCUGGAGGACAGCGGCAAGGGGCGGCGCAAGCUGUUUGUGCACCACCAGGCUGCCACGCGGUUCCUGUGGCUGCAGGUCACGUUUUCGACGCAACUGCUAGUGGAGGAGGACGACAGGGCGCGCACCAUCUGCUUCCGCAAUGCGAAGGACGGCGGCUUCAUGCGCACCUUCACCGGGCGGUGGGAGGUGUCGCCCUUCUGCCAGGACACGCUCAACCGCAUCUACUCCCCCCACGACACACAGCGGCACCGAGGAGUGCACCUAGGCUGGCUCAACCCCGCGAGGGCCCUUGGCGCUAUGCAGCACCGAGAGUCAGAUGCGGCCGCGCGCGAGUGCUCGCUGGUGACGCUGGAGCAGGCACUGGCGCCGCGCCUCAUGCCCCCAGGGCCGCUGAUGCGCAUGGUGCGGGGGCUGUGCGCGCGGACCGUCAGCAACAUGAUGGCGGACCUGCAAAAGGAGAUCGAACGGCGGCGCGAGGGCGAGUCCGCCUCAGGGUCCAAGGGCGUCAGCGGCUCAAACCACCUUCACGGCAAGGCGGCGACGCAUGCAGCCUGUAUGAGCUUGAGUGCUGGCGACCUUUUUGCCAACUCAGCACCCCUUCACAUCACAAUCGAGCUGUGA